GUCCUAUCCUUUCCGUCACACUCGCAUCGCCGUCCCCUUGGCCCUUGCCCCUUUCUCGCGCUCUCUCUCUCUCUACCCGGAGAAAACAAAACCAGACCAUCAGCAGGAGACUGGGGUGUGAGUGACCGUGCGAGAAGGGGGAAAAACAAUCCAAACACUCUCGCCAGCACACAAAUCUCGCGCACGGGUUCGGGGGCGCCAGCUCGAUCCGCGGCCGAAACCCUAGGUGGUGACGACGGUGGUGCUCCGUGGUGGUGCUGGAGGACGAGGAGGAGGGCUGGGAGCGAUGACGUCGCCGAGGAAGGACGCGGGGUUCCUGACGCAGGACCAGCGGGAGAAGCUGCGGAUCGCGGUGCAGAACGCGGAGACGCAGUCGCUCGCCUCCCCGCGCUCGCCCACGGGGGGCACCACCUCCGCGCUGCUGCAGCAGUACGAGCUGCAGAUGCUGGAGCAGAAGCGCGCCGCCGCGGCCGCCGCCGCCGCCCGGGGCGGCGGCGGCGGCGGAGGUGGGCCCAGGCACGUGCGCCGGUCGCAUUCCGGGAAGGCCAUCAAGGUGAAGAAAGAUGGAGCUGGCGGCAAAGGGACUUGGGGCAAACUAAUUGAGACUGAUGCAGAGGCAUGCCUUGAUCGAAAUGAUCCAAAUUAUGACAGUGGUGAGGAGCCAUAUGAGUUAGUUGAGGCCCCUGUUUCAACCCCACUAGAAGACUACAAGAAAUCUGUUGUCCCUUUAAUUGAGGAAUAUUUCAGCAAUGGGGAUGUAAAAUUAGCUGCUUCUGAUCUUAAAGAGUUGGGUCAUGAUGGUUUCCACUGUUACUUUGUCAAGAAGCUUGUUUCCACAGCAAUGGAUAGGCAUGACAAGGAGAAAGAGAUGGCAUCAGUGCUUCUGUCGUAUCUUUAUGGCAACGUGGUCAGUUCAACUCAAAUUAGGCUGGGAUUUGUGCUGCUAUUAGAGGCUGUUGAUGACUUGGCUGUUGACAUACCUGAUGUGGUUGAUGUGCUCGCCCUUUUCAUUGCACGUGCAGUUGUUGAUGACAUUCUGCCACCUGCUUUCCUCAGCAAUGCAAAAGUGAGUCUGUCAGGAUCUUCAAAGGGUAUGCAGGUUGUACAAAUUGCAGAGAAAAGCUAUCUUUCAGCACCCCACCAUGCAGAGUUAAUUGAGCGACGAUGGGGUGGUUCAACCCACAUCACAGUAGAAGAGGUGAAGAGGAGGAUUGCUGAUCUUCUGAAGGAAUACAUCAGAAAUGGUGAUACAGCUGAGGCUUGUAGGUGCAUUAGAGAAUUGGCAGUGCCGUUUUUCCAUCAUGAGGUGGUGAAGCGAGCUCUUACUCUUGGAAUGGAGAGUCCAGCUGCUGAAGCUCUUAUUGUCAAGCUUCUGAAGGAAGCAUCUGAAGAAUGUUUAGUAAGCUCUAGUCAGAUGAUGAAAGGAUUCCACCGUGUUGCUGAGAGUCUUGAUGAUCUCAUUCUUGACAUACCAUCUGCAAAGUCUGAAUUUCAGUUGUUGGUAUCAAAAGCCAUUUCUGAGGGAUGGUUAGAUUCUUCCUAUGUGAACUCAGGUGUCAACGGAAGCGUUGAAGACGAUGAACAUGAGAAGCUGGCUAGGUACAAGAGGGAGGCUGUAUCCAUAAUACACGAAUACUUUUUCUCUGAUGAUACAACAGAGGUCAUCCGUAGUGUCAAAGAGCUUGGUUAUCCGGAAUACAAUCCGAUCUUCGUCAAGAAGCUCAUAACAAUUGCUAUGGACCGCAAGAACAGGGAGAAAGAAAUGGCAUCGGUUCUUCUCCCUUCAUUAAGCAUGGAGCUGUUCUCGUCUGAAGACAUCGCCAAGGGAUUUGUAAUGCUCCUUGAAUCUGCAGAAGACACCGCGCUGGACAUAUUGGAUGCCUCAGAUGAGCUGGGACUGUUCCUAGCCAGGGCUGUGAUUGAUGACGUUCUCGCACCUCUAAACUUGGAUGAGAUUAGCAGCAAGCUUCCACCAAACUGCAGUGGGGCUGAAACAUUGAACAUGGCACGCUCCCUUGCGUCGGCCCGUCAUGCCGGUGAGAGGCUUCUGAGGUGCUGGGGCGGUGGAACCGGAUGGGCUGUGGAGGAUGCCAAGGACAAGAUAACAAAGCUCCUGGAGGAGUAUGAGAGUGGAGGCGAUGUAGGGGAGGCAUGCAACUGCAUCCGUGAGCUGGGUAUGUCUUUCUUCAACCAUGAAGUUGUCAAGAAGGCGCUCGUGAUGGCAAUGGAGAAGAAGAACGAGAGGACCCUGAACCUGCUGCAGGAGUGCUUUGGUGAAGGGAUCAUAACCAUCAACCAGAUGACCAAGGGGUUCUCAAGGGUCAGGGAUGGGCUCGACGAUCUGGCUCUCGACAUUCCUGAUGCCAGGGAGAAGUUCCUUUCCUAUGUGCAGCGCGCGAAGAAGAGUGGAUGGCUCCUGCCUGGGUUCGGUGUGGCAUCUUCGGCUUGAACAGCUGGGCAGAAGAGAAGUACGAAGCUGAAGCGGCUCAGCAAACCCAGUUUGGAUGUGUGUUUUCGUCGUUCGUGGUUGCCCUUGCGCCUAGGUUAGCGGAGCGAGCCCUUCCUGGUUGCGGUGGUGGUGGCUUGUGUAGGUCUCGCAUCUGACAUGUUCAUGCUGUUCUUGUUUCAUUUCAUUUAACUCUCCAUAGACCCUUUUUUUUUACAUCAAGCUAAAACAGAGAAGAGAAAAAAAAGACCAUGUUGUAAAAGUUCUCCCAUGCUCCGCCUGCAUUGCGGCCGGUUUUUUCAUCCUCAUUUAGCUGCAAUCGUGCGUUCCUGCCCUCUCAUGGCCGCCGUAGCUGUUUUUCUAUGCCAUUGGAUGCUUGGAUUGUGAUUGCUAGUUUGUUA